UUUUUACUUGUACGUAGGCAUAGGGCGGGGGAUUUUGUGCUAAAAUAUUGUGACAUUCUUUUCUGCAACUACGAAACGAGCGUGCGUUUGGACGAUUGCUGUAACGAAAAGAGUGACGAAAUGGAACUUCUCUGAGAAAAUAUCUGAAAUACUACGAUGGCAGCUGGACCGCCACAAGAGAGAAAUCAAGAUGCUACCGUCUACGUUGGAGGCUUGGAUGAGAAGGUGACAGAGGCGUUACUAUGGGAACUCUUCCUGCAGGCAGGUCCUGUCGUGAACACCCACAUGCCAAAGGACAGAGUAACCCAGUCGCAUCAGGGUUAUGGCUUUGUGGAAUUCAUGGGGGAGGAGGAUGCCGAUUAUGCCAUCAAGGUGCUGAACAUGAUAAAGCUCUAUGGUAAACCUGUCAGAGUGAAUAAGGCAUCGGCUCAUCAGAAGAACCUGGAUGUCGGAGCGAAUAUCUUCAUCGGUAACCUAGAUCCUGAGAUUGAUGAGAAGCUCCUGUAUGAUACAUUCAGCGCCUUUGGCGUCAUCUUACAAACACCAAAGAUAAUGAGGGACGUGGAGUCUGGGAACUCCAAGGGGUACGCUUUCAUCAACUUUGCCAGCUUUGAGGCAGCGGACGCAGCCAUCGAGGCUAUGAAUGGACAGUAUCUCUGUAACAGGGCUAUCACCAUCUCGUUUGCUUUCAAGAAAGACUCGAGAGGAGAGAGGCACGGCUCGGCAGCAGAACGUCUUCUUGCUGCCCAGAACCCCCUGUCCCAGGCAGACAGGCCUCAUCAAUUGUUUGCGGAUGCUCCACCUACAUCUCAAGCCAACAAUGCGGUCCCGCCCCUGGGACAAGCCCCGCCCCCUCCACCAGCAGGAGGAACCGCAACCAGCACUGCACCAACCAGUACCCCACUUCCAAUGCCUCCUCCCUUCCCCAUGCCCCCAGGCAUGCCACCCCCCGGCAUGCCCCCUCCGGGUAUGCCCCCACCAGGCGUGCCCCCACCCAUCCCUCCACCCGGCAUGCCGCCCCCACCCAUGCCUCCUCCACCGGUACCACCACCGGGAGGUAUGCCCCCCAUGCCUGGGCCUGGUGGUAUGCCACCCCCUCCGCCAAAUAUGAUGGGCGGUGGGCUACCUCCACCACCAGUGCCCCCGCCUGAUAUGAGAGGACCACCACCCAGAGGAAUGCACCCCGGUCCUUUCCCACCCCCUCCCCACAUGAGACCGCCCCCGAUGGGAGGGCCGCCACCCCAUGGACCGCCGGAUAGGUUCAGGAUGGGACCACCAGGACCAGACAGAUUCAUGGGUCCAAGGGGACCACCCCCUCCAUUCAGGGGUCCUCCGAGGGGUCCUCCAUUCAAUGGCCCUCCACACGGUGGACCGCACAGAGGACCGCCGCCCCGCAUGCCCCCUAGGCCACCAAGAUAUUAGAUUUACAUCAAGUUACCAUGAUGAUUGACCAAAGGCCUGGCUGCACAGCCAUCUCACAGUGCGCCUAGACAACCCAGAUUUUGAGGACACAAACAGCUAUUUUACUAGGCCCUGCACAUGGUGGACCACACAGAAUACGGCUGCAUUGAAUGCCGCCUAGGCCGCCAAGAUAUUAGAUUUACCUUCAAGAUUUACCUACAAUGAUGAAUGACCAAAGGAUUGGCUGCACAGCCAUCUCACAGUGCCCCUAGGCCAUUAAGAUUUGUAGGACACAAACAACUUUUUUUAGGCCCUGGACAUGGUGGACCACACAGAGUACGGCUGCAUUGAAUGCCGCCUAGGCCGCCAAGAUAUUAGAUUUACCUUCAAGAUUUACCUACAAUGAUGAAUGACCAAAGGAUUGGCUGCACAGCCAUCUCACAGUGCCCCUAGGCCAUUAAGAUUUGUAGGACACAAACAACUUUUUUUAGGCCCUGGACAUGGUGGACUGCACAGAGGACCGGCGCCUUGCAUGCCGCCUAGGCCCCAAGAUGUAAGAUUUACCAUCAAGUUACCAUGAUGUUUGACCAAAUGAUGGGCUACACAGGUACAUCGCAAGCGGCGCAUGACAACCAAGACGUAAGAAUCACCAUCAGCUAUUGGUCUGGUGCCAAUAUGGUGGAACACAGAGGACCCCCACCCCACAUGCCACCUCAGCCGCCCAGAUAUUAGGACUCCUAUCAAGUUACCAUAUAGUCUGAACAAUGGCUA